AACUGUUUAAAAUUCAUCGCUUUUGCGUUCGUUUUGUUUAAUACUUUUUACACUUUGCGUUGAUAUGUGCAUAUUUAUAUUUAAGUAUAUUUGCUAGAAAGACCAUUCAUUUGUUGAUAUUCUAAUUGCUCGCUUCAUUAUGCAGUCUCUCGUUAAUGUAACUAAAUUUUUAUGCCGCCAUGGUGCUCUGCAAAAUACAGCUAUCAGGCGUAUUGCCUGUUUAUCUGCACUUCCUGAAACUCAUCAAAUGUUACAGAAGACAUGCAGAGAUUUUGUUAACGCCGAAAUAGUACCAAAAGCAGCGAAACAUGAUCGUGAACAUUUAUAUCCUGAAGAUCAGUUAAAAAAAAUGGGUGAACUCGGACUUAUGUCGAUAACAACACCGGAAGAAUUUGGCGGCACGGGUUUGGAUUAUUUAGCAUAUAGUAUUGCAAUGGAAGAAAUAUCUCGCGGAUGUGCAUCAUGCGGUGUGAUAAUGUCAGUUAAUAAUUCGCUAUUUUUAGGACCGAUUCUCGCAUAUGGAACACAAAAACAAAAAGAUUUUUGGUUGAAACCUUACACUACCGGUGAGAAAGUCGGCUUUUUUGCCCUAUCGGAACCGGGAAAUGGUUCCGAUGCAGGUGCUGCCUCUACAACCGCCACAGAAAAAAGUGAUCGUUAUAUUUUGAAUGGUACAAAAAUGUGGAUAACCAGUGGUUAUGAAUCUGGAGCUGGAAUAGUUUUCGCCACUACAGAUAAAGCUUUGAAGCAUAAAGGUAUAUCAGCGUUUAUAGUACCCAAAGGCUUAAAGGGUUUUGCACUUGGGAAAAAGGAAGACAAAUUAGGAAUACGAGCAAGUUCUACCUGCCAGCUAAUUUUUGAGGAUUGUGAAAUUCCAAAAGAAAAUAUUUUAGGUAAACCCGGUUAUGGGUUCAAAAUAGCAAUGCAAUCUUUGGAUGCAGGUCGAAUUGGCAUUGCCAGUCAAGCACUUGGUAUAGCUCAAGCUUCGCUAGAAUUGGCAACAAAUUAUGCGCAAAACCGUAAUUCUUUCGGAAAACCUAUUGCUAAAUUACAACUUAUCCAGCAAAAGUUGGCUGAUAUGGCACUGAAAGUAGAAUCAUCGCGAUUACUAAUUUGGCGUACCGCUUGGCUGAAAGAUAAUGGCAAAUCAUAUACUAAAGAAGCGGCAAUGGCAAAAUUAGCUGCAUCCGAGGCAGCUACAUUUUGUUCACAUCAGUGCAUUCAAGUUUUAGGAGGCAUGGGUUACAUUACCGACAUGGCAGCUGAGCGCUACUAUCGUGAUGCGCGUAUUACGGAGAUAUAUGAAGGCACAUCCGAAAUACAGCGCAUGGUUAUAGCGGGACAAGUACUCAAAGAACUUGUUGCUUAACGUUUUAUUAUCAAAUAUGUAGUUAUAUGUUAUAUAACUAUUCCCGUGAGCAUUUUUUCAAAACAAUCAUUGUAAAACGUACAUAAGCCUGAUAAGAGUUAACUAAGAUAAAAGAUUUACAUAUUUACAUAUACUUUUAUAAAUAAAUAUAUAAUCUAACAUCUA